AUGGGAGAGUUGACCUGGGAGAAGCUCUUCCCUCUACGACUGGAGCCAACAUUAGCCUGGCUUGUUCGGGGUCCCGCUUGUGUUGGCGGAGCAUAUAUAACCGGGUCACUUGGCUGUGGAGCGUCAGUACAGCUUGGGAGACUCUCAGUGUUGUCUGUGUAUCCAUCAUGUUUACUAUGCGUUGUGUCAGCCUGGUUCUCCUGCUGGUGCUCAUGGCUCUACUGCACUUCUCGACGGCUCAAUAUUGGCACGAUCGUCGGUACCAGCCAGUGUAUGGCCAAGGUUACUACCAGGACAACUACGGGUAUCGUCCCACGUACGGCCACGGUUAUCAACAGUACUACGAUGACGGGCUCUAUGGUAGACACAGGUAUAGGUACUGAAGACCAAGCAAGAACUGAUGGCUGGGAGAAUAAAUUUAAAAGAUUACCGUUUUGUAACUUGGACUGAAUAAACUGCAUCCAAUGAA